AUGGCAUUAGCCGACAUUGAGGUGCAAUCGUUUCACGUACUUGCGGUCGACGACAGCCUCAUCGACAGGAAAUUAAUCGAGAAACUUCUCAAGACCUCUUCAUAUCAAGUUACUGCUGUGGACUCUGGAGUAAAGGCCCUUGAGUAUUUAGGGUUGCUUGAUGAAGAAAAGCCAAACUUAGAUCCAGAUCAUCAUGAAGUGAAAGUGAACAUGAUCAUCACAGAUUACUGUAUGCCCGGCAUCACAGGUUACGAUCUGCUUCGAAAAAUUAAGGAAUCAAGAUCGUUUAAGGACAUCCCAGUAGUGAUAAUGUCGUCCGAGAAUGUCCCAUCGAGGAUUAGUAGCUGUUUGGAGAAAGGAGCAGAGGAGUUUUUCCUCAAACCAGUUAAGCUAUCAGAUGUGAACAAGCUUAAGCCACACUUAAUGAGGAAAGUUGGAAAACAACAAACAGAUGAUCAUAAGCCAAACAAUGCUGCAAAUGGUAAUAAGAGGAAGGCAGUGGAAGAAUGUGUGUCCUCAGACAGGACAAGAACAAGAUACAAUAGUUGUGUUGACUUGGAAGGAUAGUGAAUAAGAAUUUGGGUGAUUUGGUUUAUCUUGACUGAUUUUUUGCUAUUGUUUUAAUUUUCCUUUUGUGUACAUAUAAUAUUAAAUUGUCUGGUAGAAUUGUUAUGCGCUGAUUUGGAGUAGAAAAUGUGUUGUUUUUCCCCCCAUCAUUUUUCUAUAUUUACUAGCAUGCCUAUGAUCUUAUUAAGUCAAUGAUACAUUUUAGUUCAAACUUGUUUGAGACUUGAUUAUGC